ACUAUCAUAAUUUUAUUAUCAGUUCAGUUGCUUUGCUGUUACUGCGUUCUAAUUUCUUUUUUCUUUCAGCUCUUAAAAGGCUCUCGGUUGAAGAAAAAUGUUUAAUUAAAUUUUCAUUCCUUUCGUAAUUACUUUAGGCACAACCUUGAUACAUCCAUAUGUGAAUGAUUUCAGUUACAUCGUCAAUCAUCAAUUCUUCGUCAUAAAAUGACGACUGCGUUCAAGUAAACAAAAUUAGUGUUUCAUGUUCCUUUAGUUACGUGUAAAUUUAUAUUAUUGAAGCGAAAUAGCUACGUGUGAAUAAUUUUUAUUGAAAAUUGCAGAUUAAUUUAUUAUUUAAAUAUAUUUGGAGUGAACGGACGCUCACAGUGAAAUGAAGUAUGUCACUCAUACGGUAUCAAUAUUUUGUUUCGAAAUCAGCAUUUUGUGCCACUAUGUGCCAGCUUUUUUCAGGAUGUUUGCUUUGCAGAAAGUACAUCAAGCAAGGGAGCACCAAAAAUGAUUCUUCGUUUCCCUACGUCGUUGGACUGAUAUCAUCAUCAAUGUGGAUGUAUUAUGGUAUUCUAACAAACAACGAUACUUUGGUAUACAUAAACGUAAUCGGAUGCACUUUAUUCAUCUCCUACAUCACUAUAUUUUACUUAUAUACACCAUUCAAACAUAUUAUUCGACGGCAGCUUCUCUUCAUUGUUCUCGUACUUACAUUGAUAGCAACAUAUUCGCAAUACGAAGAAGAUAGAAAUUUAUUAAAAUCUCGCAUCGGUUUUCUAUGCUGUCUAGUCGGAGUAAGCUUUUGCGCAGCUCCUUUGAGUAACGUGAUUCACGUAAUUAAAACAAAGGAUGCUGAAUCUUUGCCAGUUCCUAUGAUUACUAUGACAGCCAUAGUAACGUUUUUAUGGUACCUCUAUGGAGUUUGUCUAAAUGAUACAUUUAUAAUGUAUCCAAACUUGAUAGGAUUUUCCUUGAGUGCGUUCCAGUUGAUGUUAUAUCUAGCGUUUUUGAAACGAGAAAAACCAGUUGUCUAUUCAAAAAUGACGGUUGCUUAAUUUUAUUUACACCUGGUGUUGGUUUGAAUGAUUUUCCUCUUUAAAUUGUAGUUCUAAGGUUUAACUGCAAUUUACUUUUUAAGAUGUGAGAGUUGUUACACAAAAUUAUUUACAUAGGUCACUAAUUAUUACCAUUUUCCUUUCCUACGAUGUCAUUGAAGUAUUUUUGCAAGAGUACUGGCUUACUAAACGGUAAUUUUCUAAAAUAAAAAUGCCAGAAUACUUUUGUUAUAGUUGAUCUCGCAUUAAAUGCAUUUAAGUACCAAUUAUUUCAACUCUAAAAAAUAAUCAUUCGCAUUUCUUCCAUGAUCUAUCAAUUUGAUGUUAAUUCUUCAUGUUCUUUCGUUCAUUUGUUAUUAUUGAUUUUGUGACAUUGAAAUAAAUGUUUUUGAUAAUUU